GACAGCUACAUGGUGCGCGUGAAAGCUGUGGUGAUGACCCGCGACGACUCCAGUGGCGGCUGGCUAGCGCAAGAUGGCGGCCUGAGCCGAGUGGGCGUGUGCCGACUGACGCCCGCCGGGCUGUUGGGUCGCAGCAGCUUCCUCAUCCACGCGGAACGACUGCGAGACAGACAGGUGAUUCUUGAAUGUUUCCUGAAGAAGGACCUGGUCUACACCAAGGCCACGCCCACUUUCCACCACUGGAGGGUGGACAACAGGAAGUGCGGCUUGACCUUCCAGAGUCCGGCCGACGCGCGCGCCUUCGACCGCGGCGUGCGGAAGGCCCUGGAGGAUCUGACGGAAGGAUCGACCACGUCUUCGUCCACACUGCAGAACGAGACCGAGCUUGGCGAUGACGACGUGUUCACGACGGCCACAGACAGCUCGUCCAAUUCGUCCCAAAGGAGGGAGCCCGUCACGUUGUCCUUCUGCGAGCACCGCCGUCAUCACCAUUGCAUUCUGGGACAUCUGUAUGAACAGCAACGGACCGCCGAUCACUACUUUGCUGACUGCUACUUCUUGGAGCAUGCGGUGGAUGUGUUCCCUCGCCAUGUGAGCUUCCAGUUGGAGGAAGAAGUGGUGCGAAUCACUCCGCGGGAACGCGCCUGGCUCACCGGCUAUGAGGACUACCGUCAUGCCGCCGCUACGAGGGACAAGCUGUCAAUGUCCGACAUUCCUGAAGCCUACCCGCACGAGGCGCCUAAGCUCAACUACGGCUACCCUUACCCCAUAGCUAAGCCCAUCUGCCUGGACCCGGGGGCGGCGGUGACGGCUCAGCCUCAGCUAAAGCGCGGCCGGAAAGACAGCGAGCGUCUUCGCUGCGUUUACUGUCAGGAUCUGUUCUGCCGCGAGGACAACGGGCGGGGGCGCUGCCAGGAGGCGCCGGACCCGAUCCAAACGUGCAUACGGCGCGUUAGCUUUCUGUGGUGCGCCGACAGCCUGUUGUACCACUGCAUGGCAGACCCGGAAGGUGACUACUCGGACCCGUGCUCGUGUGAGGCGGGCGACGAGCGUUUCUGUUUACGUUGGAGCGCUCUGCUAGCGCUGUCGCUGUUGGCGCCGUGCAUGUGUUGCUAUGCGCCGCUCACCGCCCUCCACCGGUGUGGCGUCGCCUGCCGAUGUUGCGGCGGUAGACACCAGGCGGCUGGCUGA